UAUGGAUUGUGAUGACGAUAUUGGAUUUCCAGCAACAGAUGUAACUUUAGUUGUAGAAGAUAAGAAAAUUCACGUAAACAAAGCUGUUCUUUCCCAGCAUUCACCAGUGUUUAAUGCCAUGUUUUCUGGAAGCUUUAAAGAAAGCAGUACAAUAGUCAUAACGCUGGAUAACAAAAAGGCUAAGGACUUCGUUGCUUUUCUCGGAUGUUUUUAUCCAAACAUGAAUCAUACACUAACAAAAAACAAUGUACUACAAGUACUACCUUUGGCACAUGAGUACCAGUCUCCUCUUGUUGCUGAUUGUGAGGAGUUUAUGAUAAGCAUGUGUAAACCAGAAACAAGUCUUACCGUGACCAUAUUACUAGAUUACAUCCUAGUAGCCGAAAAAUAUGAUCUACAAAAGUUUCUAGACACAGCAGCGAAAUUUUGUGCCGAUGUGGAUUUCGAUCUUCUCAACGGGAAAAAGUUUGAAAAAGACAAUGCAUUAGAGUGGGGUAUGAUACCAGUUGGUUAUACUUCUAAACAAACAGAAACGGUUGACAAAAACAUCGCUUUAAAAUACCUAAGAAUAGAUCCUAAAACUCGUCUUCUUAUAGCCGAAAACAGAUUGUAAACUCUGGAGAUGCGUAAUAGAAAAAUACAGAAGGGAGUCGUCUUGACAGAUGAUACUGAUAUAGCAUUACAAUUACAAUAACAAUUUUUUUGGAGAGAUCUUCCUUCUUCUGGGACCCUAUUAACGGUUAAUUCAACUUAAUUGGCACAAUGUGCCUACUAUUGAAGUAUUUAUUUUUUCUUUUUCUUUCAAUGGAGCACAUUAUUUAAGAGAUACCCCCUGUGUUAACAUGGUGCAUACUUGUAAAGGUAGAAUUUUCA